CAUAGGUCUGGAUCAGGUCAAUCCUCUAGCUGUGGACAACACAGACGUAGCUCAGGUCAAUCUUCUGGCUUUGGGCAACAUGGAUUUGGAUCAGGUCAAUCCUCUAGUUAUGGACAACAUGGUUCUACUUCCGGACAGUCAUCAAACUUUGGACACCAUGGAUCUAACUCAUGUCAGUCUUCUAGCUAUGGUCAACAUGGGUAUGGCUCAGGUCAGUCUUCUUAUGGUCAACAUGGGUAUGGCUCAGGUCAGUCUUCUUAUGGUCAACAUGGUUCUGGCUCAGGUCAGUCUUCUUAUGGUCAACAUGGGUAUGGCUCAGGUCAGUCUUCUUAUGGUCAACAUGGUUCUGGCUCAGGUCAGUCUUCUUAUGGUCAACAUGGUUCUGGCUCAGGUCAGUCUUCUUAUGGUCAACAUGGUUCUGGCUCAGGUCAGUCUUCUUAUGGUCAACAUGGUUCUGGCUCAGGUCAGUCUUCUUAUGGUCAACAUGGUUCUGGCUCAGGUCAGUCUUCUUAUGGUCAACAUGGGUAUGGCUCAGGUCAGUCUUCUAGCUGUGGUCAACAUGGGUAUGGCUCAGGUCAGUCUUCCAGCUAUGGCCAACACAGGUCUGGAUCAGGUCAGCCUUAUUGCCAAUCUGGGUGUGGAUGGAGUCAGCCUUCUAGCUGUGGCCAACACAGAUCUGCCUCUCACCAUAGUCAACAUGGAUCUGGCUCAGGUCUGUGUUCUAGCUCUGAACAAUCUGGGUUUGAAUCUGGUCAGUAUUCUGGCACUGGACAAUAUGGGUCUGGCUCAUACAGCUCUGAACAAUGUGGCUUUGGAUCUGGUCAGUAUUCUGGCACUGACCAAUCUGGGUUUGGCUCAUCUCACUCAUCUAGCUCUGGACAAUAUGGUUUGGGAUCUGGUCAGUGUUCUGACUCCGAACAAUCUGGGUUUGGCUCAUCUCACUCAUCUAUCUCCAGACAAUCUGGUUUGGGAUCUGGUCAGUGUUCUGACACCGAACAAUAUGGUUAUGGCUCGUGUCAUUCAUCUUGCCCUAAACAAUGUGGUUCUGGAUCCAGUUGGUGUCCUAGCUAUGAGCAACAUGAAUUACAAGGAAGAUGUGGGUUAAUUUUAAUUGGUACUCAUGAUGAGGACAGUAAACCCAAAAUAGGCUCAACUCCCAAUCAAUCAAGAAGAAAUAGCCAGGAAUGGUCAGGGUACAAUGAAGAAGAAAGAAGUAGUGAGUCUGAGAGAUACGAGAGUAUUCAUGGACAAAGACAAGUAGAAAGCUCCUUGAGUUGUGGCUUUGGACAACCUACAGCCAACACACCCAAUUUAGUGUUAAUGUUCAAGGAGGAUAAUAGACAAGAUGGCCAUUAUUAUUAUCAGACAGAAGGCGAUAACUGUGGAUAUGGAAGCACCAACUCAAGUUCCCACAGUUUCAGUAGCAGCACUCCACUCUAUAAAUAUGUCCAAGAGCACAGGUGUUAAUUCUAAUGAUGAAUAAUAAAUAGAAGUGAAAUUAACUCAAGUAGUAAUUUAAAAAAUAAGAAACUAUAACAGACAAGCAACUUGUUAUAAAGCAUCUUUCUAAAAGUGAAUGUAUUUGUUUCUAUCUUUUUCAUUUGACUGUAUUCUAUUCAUUGCUAUUGGGUUCCUUCCAAAGAAUGUAGGGUAUGUGGGCUACAUUGCUAGGAAAUCCUGAGUUGAAUAAAUAAUGUGUGGGACUAAAUUUAGAAGCAUAAUAUAAAGUAUUUAUGGAGCCUAGGGUUUAGUUAAGGUGUCUUUUUGAGAGUUCACUAUACAUUAUUUAUGCCAAACUAAGCCUGCAUCUUUAAAAAGCAAAAAAUUAUACUACCAGUUCUGGAGCCAAAGCUUCUCUUACAUCAAUGUAAACCAUAAUUUUUGGUGUGCCCCACAUUGGAUGGUAGAAAGAAGAUCCUAAAAGCAAAGAUGUAAUGUAGGAAGUUUCCCAGUUUAUCAAAACCAUCAAGCCCUUAUUCUCAGGUGCAUCUUUCACCAGUAACCUACAGAGUCAUUAAAAAGUGGCACCAGGUGUUUGUUUCUCCCUAGCCAGUGAGUGAGAGCAUUAUUUCUUAAACAGCAGAGAUGGACCAGUUCAGGAUUAAGAAAUCCAAAUGAGGGCUCUGACUUGUUUUUAGCAAGAAAGAUGUUGCCCAAGAAUUUGCUCUACGUAAAAACAAAACAAUACAAAAACUGGAAGAGCAAUACCAUGGAAAUACAAUGGCUCCAACCUAUCUCUAUAGUUCAUUGGCCUUUCCACAUAGGAAAAUAGCCUUUAAACCCAGAGGGAAAGAAAGACUAAUCUGCCACUGCUGUAUAGUUGCUUGGUUUGACUAUAACAUAUUUGUUUCAAAUAACUGGACUGCAUUAAAA